UGCUGCUGCUGAUGCUGCUAUAAAUAUCUGCUGGUAGCCAUAGAGCAGCAGAGAGCAGCAGGCAGGCCAGAGGGAGGAGCAGAAGACCACAGGACAGGACAGGACAGGGGGAAAGAGAUCUGAGGCAGAGGAUAACAAGAUGACAGGCGGUCGAGCUCGAAAAAGGAGAAGGGGGGAGAAGAGAAGAGGGGAUCUGCUUAGUUAGCUUUAAGAAAGAGGAAAAGUGUGUGUUUAUGUGUUCUGUGGCUUGAUUAUUGGCCUGUGCUGGACUUGUAAGUCAAAUUCAGGACUAGACUUGAUCUGGACUAUAUCCAAACCGCUGUUGGACCUACUGGUGCUGCACUAGGUUAAGCUGAGUUAAUCGAACUCAACAGUGGAGACUGGAGCUGGACUUUCCUUCCCCGGCCUCUAAAAGCCAGGCUUUGCAUGCGCCGGACUCGAAGUGUGCCCCCUCCGAACCCCAUCCAGGCUGCUGGUCUUCCAGUUUCAUGUGGACAUGCGGGCCGGCGUGGGCCGGGGCGGGGCUGAGAUGUCAUGCUCCUGUGUUGCUGGUGGUGCCUGAGGCCUGAGGCGGUGGAGCUGGACAGCAGGAGGGUGGACAGCAGGAGGGUGGACCACCGUGUGCUGAACUGCGAGGCCACUGCCUCCACCGCCAUCACAGCUGUUUCCCUUGACCAGUGGGAGCCAGAAACGACCAACACUGCCUUGCAGCCCUCCCAGAGUGUGAAGAAUUCGAGCUAUGGUCUGCCGUCCUACCACCCCUACAGCAACAGCUAUGACUACUCAGACCAGGGCAGGCAGAGUGAGCGCUCAGGCCUCUGUGGACUUUCCAACCUAGGCAACACCUGCUUCAUGAACUCUGCAGUGCAGUGUUUAAGCAAUAUCCCUCCACUGACGGAGUACUUCCUCAAAGACAAGUACACUGAUGAGCUGAAUGAGGACAACCCGCUGGGCAUGAAGGGGGAGAUUGCCAGAGCCUACGCUGAGCUUAUCAAGCAGCUGUGGUCGGGCAAAUACAGCUACGUCACCCCAAGGCCUUUCAAGACCCAGGUGGGUCGUUUCGCCCCACAGUUCUCAGGCUACCAACAGCAGGACUCUCAUGAGCUGCUGGCCUUUCUCCUGGACGGCCUUCACGAGGACUUGAACCGCAUCAGGAAGAAGCCCUACAUCCAGCUCAAGGACGCUAACGGCAGGCCUGAUAAGGUGGUGGCGGAGGAGGCGUGGGAGAACCACAUCAAGAGAAACGACUCCAUCAUUGUGGACAUCUUCCACGGCCUUUUCAAGUCCACCCUGGUGUGUCCUGUGUGUGCCAAGAUCUCUGUGACCUUUGAUCCUUUCUGCUACUUGACCCUGCCCCUGCCCAUGAAGAAGGAGCGAACACUGGAGGUCUAUCUUGUCAGACUGGACCCUCUGGCUAAACCCACACAGUACAAGCUGACCGUGCCGAAGGUGGGCUACAUCUCUGACCUGUGUACCUCCCUCUCCAACCUGUCUGGUGUGCCUGCUGAGAAGAUGAUUGUAACUGACAUCUACAACCACCGUUUCCACCGGAUCUUCGCCACUAACGAGAACCUCAGCAGCAUCAUGGAGAGAGACGAUAUCUACGUGUUUGAGUUGGCGGUGAACAGGGUGGAGGAUACGGACCACGUAGUGAUCCCAGUGCACCUGAGGGAGAAGUACAAACAGUCGGGAUACAACCACACUAGCACACCUCUGUUCGGACAGCCCUUCCUCAUCGCCGUCCCCAGAACCCUCAGUGAAGACAAACUCUACAACAUGCUGCUCCUGCGCCUCUGCCGGUUUGUGCAAUCUUCAGUAGAGGAGGAGGAAGAGGAUUUUGAAGAGACGCAGCCAUCCAAACAACACACUGUCAAUGGUAACGCCACUAAUGGACUGCUGGAGGAGGGGUCGCCGAGCGAGAUGGAGACCGACGAGCAGGACGACGAGUCCAGUCAGGAUCAGGAGCUACCGUCCGAGAACGACAACAGCCAGUCAGAGGACUCUGUCGGCGGGGACAACGAACUAGAGAACGGUGUGGUUGGUCCACAGAACUCCACCAAAGGCCAGCAGACGUCCGGGCACAACAGAAAGAGACUUUUUACAUUCCAGUUCAAUAACAUGGGAAAAACGGACUUCUCCCUCAUUAAGGAUGACACCAGGCAGAUCCGCUUUGACGAGGGACACCUCCGACUCAGUGACCGCUCUUAUCUCUCCUUGGACUGGGAACCAGACAUCAAGAAGAAGUACUUUGAUGAGACCGUCGUCGAGAAGGACUGUGACAAGCAUGAGAGCAUGGAGUACAAGCCUCAGAAGAAAGCUUUCUUCAAGCUGAAGGACUGCAUCGAACUGUUUACCACAAAGGAAAAACUGGGAGCCGAGGACCCAUGGUACUGUCCAAACUGUAAGCAGCACCAGCAGGCCACUAAGAAGCUGGAUCUUUGGUCUCUGCCGCCGGUCCUGGUGGUCCAUCUGAAGCGCUUCUCCUACAGUCGUUAUAUGAGGGACAAACUGGACUCCCUUGUUGAUUUCCCACUCAGAGAUCUGGACAUGUCUGAGUUCCUGAUCAACCCCAAUGCUGGGCCCUGUCGGUACGACCUCAUUGCUGUGUCCAACCACUAUGGCGGGAUGGGUGGCGGCCACUAUACUGCUUACGCCAUGAACAAAGACGAUGGGAAGUGGUACAACUUUGAUGACAGCAGCGUGUCUCCUGCCAACGAAGAUCAAAUAGUGUCCAAAGCAGGCUAUGUGCUGUUCUACCAGCGCCAGGACACGGUGAAAGGCACCGGCUACUUCGCUCUCGACCGCGAGGAAGAGGAGGAGGAGGAGGAGGAGGAAGAAGGAGAAGAAGAGGAGGAGGAAAACGACGGCGAGGAGAUGCAGGAGAGGAAGGCUGCCGCAUCUGCUCAGGGCGCCUUGUCCGCCGCCAGCGCCUCUGCCUCUGUGUCCGCCGCUGCUCUGAGCGACGAGGAGGACCUGAACGAGAACCGGCGCAGGAAGAACGACAACGAGCAGAAACACGAAGAGGAAGGUGAGGAGGAGCGGGCGCCCAAUCGAGACGUCACCAUGAAAACCAACUGAGGCAAACGAGGACAAGAGUAAAUGGAGAGAGAGAGAGAGACUAGGAUCUUUCCAUCCAAAGCCAUAUGGACACACAGCAUGGCAGCGGGCGCCACCGGUCCCCACCCAGCGGCUCGGACUCGGCCACUCGACAGGCGGAGCCACUGCGGGGACGGCGGCUGUAAGGUCAGGGAGCUGCCGCGGUACGCAACUCUAAGAAAUCAGGGCCCUCCCCUGUGGUUGGAGCACUGUGUGUGUGUGUGUGUGUGUGUGUGUGUGUGUGUGUGUCGCCACGUCCAUUCGUUUAGGAUUUACUCACCUGCUCUGUGAAAGACUCACCGAACGACAUUGGGGAACGAUUUCAAGGCUUCACAGUACUCCAGUGCAGCACUCUGAAUCGCCCUCUGCUUUUUGUGUUCCUUUGUUGUUGUUGUUUUAUAUAUUUUGAGAGCAAUGCAUUGUUGGCAUAUUAUCAUUUAGACCGUGUAAAUAUUUUAAACACUGAAUUAUAUCGGGUUUUCAUGAUGCGCUGAAACAUUUUGAACUUGCACAAUCACCAACCAUCCACUUUUUUUAAAAAUGUACUAUUGCCAGACAUACUGCAAGUGUUUAACAGCGACUUUGUCUCUCAGAGGGUUUUUCUCACAAUAAAAGCUUAGGAAGCUGCCUUUAGCAAGCCAGUGGUGAGACUUGCCUACACUCAACGUAGAGAAGUGAUGCUCAUAGUUAUGUGGUUUUAUAAAGUGUCGAACAGCCAAACUGUCCUAGCUUUUUACCGCUGCUGCUGCUAGUGCUGCAAAUCUUGCAUUUUUAGACCGAUUAUUUGUGUAUUAGCAUGAACCUUAGCAAUUUAAGGUCCUGCUUUUUGCUGUCUCUGGUCUCCUCUGUUGAUAACUUAUUUUUCUUUAAACCUAAAAUGUUUAAACAGAAGGAUUGAGAAGUUCUCCAGCUAACUUAGCAAAAUAACCAAAUGGAUUCUAACUUUGCAUAUUAUAUCUGCAAAAAAUGAAUUGGUAAAUGGUGUUUCAGAAGUUCCUAGUGUUCAAAUCCAUAAGCACUCUGUCUUAAAUCAACUCACCAUAGUGUUCAGGGGUUGCAACAGACGCAUCUCUUUAAAAGGUAGCUGGCAGACUUGUAGAUCCUACACCACAGAUCUCCUCUUUACCUCUCCCUCUUUAAGUUUUUCAUAGGUGGUGUUUAAAGCUUUACUGAGGCUCUGCGCUCCUCCUCCUCCUCCUCCUUUUCCUCCUCUUCAUAUUCGAGGCACUGUGAGAUUAGAAACAACGGUGAUUUCACUGACAUCAGAUGGGUCAUCUCUUGUUUGGAUCACCUCGGCCUUAACUCUUAAUCUCAGACCAGUCGCCUUUUCUUUGCACAUCACUAUCGCACCGUCUUUCUUGUGCGGCCCCUUCAGACACUAACGUCUACGAAUGUCCAUAUUAUUUGCCUGCUUGUUAUAUCGGAGCCACGUCAUCUCAAUUUUUUUUUAAAGCCACAUAAGGGCCAGAAUGUAUGCUGAAUGAAAUGAACACUGACCCAGAUGUAUGUGGUUGAUGCCUUUUUGAUUCUUUAUAGGGCAAGAUUUGUUCUCCCUUCCUUUUUUUUUUUCUCCAUGGCUCCCUUUCUUGGUUUGAUUGAAUGUGGGUUAUUAGCUAUAUGAAUUCAUGAGUACUGCUGAAUGCACCCCUUUCCAGAAGGGGAAAAAUUAAAUACGUCUUUGUGGUCCUGGGUUUGGAGGGGUUUUUUUUGGUGGUGGUGGGGGACUAAAAAUUAUGGGGUGAGUCUGCCUAAAAGGCCUUUCAGCUUUUGGGAUCAUGAUACAGUGAAAAUAUUUUGUGGCAGAUUGUUGCAGGAUAUUCCUCCAUCGAUGUAACUCAUGAUAAAAACUAUUCUCCAUGGUGGAGUGUUUUCUUUUUCUAUACCUGUUCUUUCCAUUGUAAACAGCAUUAGCGUACCUGUUGUCGCCUCAGAAUAUUAGAUGUGUACCAUGCCUUUAUGAGCAUCUCUGUGCUUUGACUUCAGUGGGCUUUAUUGCCUCAGCGCUGCCUUGCUUUUUGGGCGACUCACCCCAUCCUGACUGAGUGAGAUGUGAUUGCUACUAUAGGCUUAUACAAUACUGUACAUAAGAGUUCACUCUGUGAGUGCACAUUUGAUAAAGUUUAUUUAUUUAUAUGUAAGCAUUUAAUAAUAAACAGACAAUAUAUUUAAAACCUUGGCAAGGUCUGAAAUGUUGGCGAGGGGAAUGGGGGGGGAGGGCAGGGUUCGGUGUGUCUCGAGUCCUCACAUACACACUAGUUUGCAAAGUCUUGCCUGUGCUCUUGUCAGGGAGGGAAUAUUUUUAAAGAAGAAUGGUUAUGUUGUUUUGGGACUUUUUUUGUAAAAAAUAACAUCCUUGCAUGACAACAUAACGGGGGUUUCCAGGUUUGGCUGCACUUGAGUUCACUUGGGUUUACAUUUGAAAUGUGCAUGUGUAUUUAUACACAAUCUUCAAUAAAGUUGUGUAAAGCUU